GAGCGGCGAUCUCCUGCCUUGAAUCUUCACAUGUCGGCCUUCCCAGAAAACAGCAACAGUGCCCUGCAGACCUACUGCCACCAGCAGGGGGUGAAGGAUGUAAUUAUCCCUGAGCUCAUGAAGAAGCUUGAUAUACUUGGCGAUAAUGGGAAUCUGAGAAAUGAAGAGCAGGUUGCUGUGAUCCAAGCUGGGACAGUCAUCUCCCUCUGUGAAAAGUGGCUAAAGCAAAUUGACAACACUGAAGCAGCUCUAACUCAGAAAAUGAUUGAUUUGGAAAAUGACAAGGAGCUGUUCAGUAAACAGAAGGGAUUUCUUGAGGAGGAGUUGGACUAUAGAAAGCAGGCUCUGGAUCAAGCCUAUAUGCGAAUUAGAGAAUUGGAGGACAGGAUUGACUUGCAAAAGAGACAAAUAAAAGAAAUAGAGGAAAAGCAUUCAUACUUUGGCCCUAACAAGAUGCUAUAUGGACCAAAAUGA